CCUUGCGUGAGCCGCCGACCCGGAAGUCGCCGUUCUGAAUGGGUCUCGGGCCGGGGGCCGCCGCUCCUCGGUGUGGGCUCAACGCCGGGCGACUCUGGACGUCGGGUCUGGCCGGCCACUAGGUUCAUGUGGAGGCUCCCGGGCCGCGUCGCGCUGCGUGGGGUCCGGCCCGUGGUGCAGCGGUGCGGCCGGGCCGGGGCAGCGACUGACGAGGCGGCGCGCGCCAUGGAGCGCGCCGUGGUGCGCUGCGUGCCCUCGGAGCCCAAGCUCAGCCUGUCCUUUGCGCUGGCCGACGGCAGCCACAAAAACAUGCAGCGGGACCAGAGCGAGCCUCUGGGCCGGGCUCUCAGCCGGAUCGCCACCAACGCCCUCAAGGGCCACGCCAAGGCGGCGGCUGCUAAGAAGCACAGGAAGGACCGAGCCCGCUCGGGCGGCGGCGCGGCCUGCGCGGCGGCAGGGCCUGAAGCGGCGGCGGCCGGCGAGCCGGUGGUGAAGCUGUACUACCGAGAGGAGGCCGUGGCCGACGACGUGCUCAACGUGGAUGCCUGGCAGGACGGUGCGGUGCUGCAGAUCGGCGACGUCAAGUACAAGGUCGAGCGCAACCCGCCUGCCUUCACCGAGCUGCAGCUGCCGCGCUACAUCAUGGCUGGCUUCCCCGUGUGCCCCAAACUCAGUGUGGAAUUUGGGGAUGCCGCCAGCUCCGUGUUCCGCUGGUACAAGGAAGUCAGACCCGGCGCGUCAGAGCCUGGGCACGGCGGCCUCACGGCGGCGGCGGCGUCUCACUCAUUGCCGCCUUCCUCUUGGACCGACACGGGUGUAGGAGAGCGCGUCUACACCCCGUGCAAUGCUGACGUGGGGCUGCGGCUCAAGCUUCACUGCACUCCGGGCAACGGGCAGCGCUUCGGGCCGAGCCGCGAGCUGGAGAGCGUGAGUCCGGUGGAGGCCGGGCCUGGCACCUGCACCUUUGACCAUCGACAUCUGUACACUAAAAAGGUGACAGAGGACUCCUUCAUCCGUACUGUCUCCUACAACAUCCUGGCGGACACCUACGCCCAGACCGAGUUCUCCCGGACAGUCCUGUAUCCGUACUGUGCCCCCUACGCCCUGGAGCUUGACUACCGCCAGAACCUUAUCCAGAAGGAGCUCGCGGGCUACAACGCAGAUAUCCUCUGUUUGCAGGAGGUGGACCGCGCAGUGUUCACCGACAGCUUGGUGCCGGCCCUGGACGCCUUCGGGCUCGCGGGAGUGUUUCGAAUCAAACAGCACGAAGGCCUGGCCACCUUCUACCGGAAGUCUAAGUUCAGCCUUCUUAGCCAACACGACAUUUCUUUUCAAGAAGCACUGGAGUCGGACCCACUGCACAAAGAACUACUAGAGAAACUGGCGUUGAACCCUCUAGCGCAGGAAAAAGUACUCCAGAGAUCAUCUGUCCUUCAGAUUUCAGUUCUUCAAUCUACAAAGGACUCUUCUAAAAAGAUAUGUGUUGCUAAUACUCAUCUCUAUUGGCACCCAAAAGGUGGAUACAUUCGUCUCAUACAAAUGGCAAUAGCCUUGGUUCACAUUAGACAUGUUUCAUGUGAUCUGUAUCCUGGUAUACCAGUUAUAUUUUGUGGAGACUUUAAUAGUACACCAUCAACAGGAAUGUACCAUUUUGUCAUCAAUGGCAGUAUUACAGAGGAUCAUGAAGACUGGGCUUCCAAUGGGGAAGAGGAAAGAUGCAGCAUGUCUCUCACACACCUUUUCAAACUGAAAAGUGCUUGUGGUGAACCUGCUUACACAAAUUAUGUUGGUGGCUUUCAUGGAUGUCUAGAUUACAUUUUUAUUGACUUAAAUGCUUUAGAGGUUGAACAGGUGAUUCCGUUACCUAGUCAUGAAGAAGUUACCACCCACCAGGCCUUACCUAGUGUUUCUCACCCUUCUGAUCACAUAGCGCUGGUAUGCGAUUUAAAAUGGAAAUAGAUUUUGCUUCAUUGUGUCUGAAGAAGAAGCUACUUACUUUUCAGAAAAUUUAAUAUGAAUCACAGCUUAUAUAUAAAAAUCUUCAAAGAGGAAAUCUAGACACUAAACUUUAUUAUGGUCAUUCCCUACUACUUAUGUUCCAGAUGGCUUUGUUACAGAACCAGUUCAUAAUGUUUGCAUCAUAUAAUAUCUUUAAUCUUUUUAAUAAUUUCCUACAUUUGGAGAAAACCAUUUAUGACUAGCAAGGAAAAAAAUGAAUUACUGUACACAUUUUAUAAGUUUUUUUAAGCUGGUAAUUAAGAUUUUUAAGUACUAUUUGAAUAAUCUCUUAACUUUUCUUUUAUAACGCAUUUUACAUUGAAUUAUGUUCAUAUAAUUGGGGGAGGGGACAUGCAGAUAAAAGGUGAAACACUUCAGAGAGACCUGGAAUAAAACAUUAGUCUAUCACUACCUCAAUUUGGUUAGGAUUUAUUUAUAAUUUUAGAGCUUUAACAAAAGAUUAAAACACGCCAUUACCAAUUUUUAGAGCUUCUGUAUUUUUUGUUAGUAUUUUCC